CUGGUUUUUUAUAAUAUGUGCUCCUCCGGUGUUUACUUUUGCCUUUAGAGAACGUGAGGCUGGGUUCAUUAUGGACGGAUAACCCAUAUUAUUCUCACGCUCUCUUUUUGUACCUGUUUUACGGUUAAUGAACAGUCAACUUGGACUUAAAACCUAAUAUUCCUACACCGCUCAGGACAAUUGAACAUCGCACAUCUUUCUCAGCCGGUUGCAGUGAUAUUGAGAGGUCAAUCGUCGUCAAAUUUUAAUUUGAACAGGGAAUCCAAGAUGUCUGGAGAUUUGCCCCUCAACAUCAACAUUAAAGAGCCCCGAUGGGACCAGGGGACGUUCAUGGGCCGCGCCAAGCAUUUCUUCAUGGUCACAGACCCCAGAAACGUCCUCUUGUCCUCCGGGACGCUGGAGGAGGCCCGGGUAAUCGUGGAGAACUACAGAACUGGAGUGGUGGCGCCCGGUCUGACGGAGGACCAGCUGUGGCGGGCCAAAUACGUGUACGACUCGGCCUUCCACCCCGACACCGGCGAGAAGAUGUUUGUGAUCGGUCGCAUGUCCGCUCAGGUCCCCAUGAACAUGUCCAUCACUGGCUGCAUGCUCACCUUCUACAGAACCACACCAGCGGUGAUCUUUUGGCAGUGGGUUAACCAGUCCUUCAACGCAGUGGUCAACUACACCAACCGCAGUGGAGACGCUCCCAUCACUGUCAAUCAGCUCGGUGCGACCUACGUGAGCGCCACAACCGGCGCCGUUGUCACCGCCCUGGGCCUCAAGUCUCUGGCCACGCGUCUUCCGCCCAUCGCCAGCCGCUUUGUGCCCUUCGCCGCCGUCGCUGCUGCCAACUGUAUCAACAUUCCGUUCAUGAGACAGAGGGAAUUGAAGUACGGCAUCCCCGUGACCGACGAGAACGGCAACAGGUUAGGAGACUCUGUCAACGCAGCCCAGCAGGCCAUCACGCAGGUGGUGGUGUCCAGGAUCGGCAUGGCAGUGCCAGCUAUGGCUAUUCCUCCCGUCAUAAUGAACGCGCUGGAGAAGCGAGCCUUCCUAAAGCGCUUCCCUAUCCUCAACGCUCCGAUCCAGGUGGGGCUCGUGGGUUUGUGCCUGGUGUUUGCCACUCCUUUGUGCUGCGCCCUGUUCCCACAAAAAAGCUCCAUGAAAGUGAGCGGGCUGGAGGCGGAGCUUCAAGACAGUAUACGCCAGCGCAACCCCGCCACCACCGUGGUCUACUUCAACAAGGGCCUGUAGGAACUUCACGCACACAUAUGGGUCCACAGGCAAUCUGGUUAUGCUUUUCCUUUGUGAGUAUUUGUUUUUGGAACCGCUCCCACACGGAGGAAAGAUGUUUGUGUGUGUGUAAAAACUAAGUCGUUACUGAUGUGUGUAUUUAGCCAUGAACUCGAAUGUAACAUUACUGUCCUAUUAUCGAUCUAUUUCAACCCCGGUUGUUGUUGUCUGCCCCCCCCGUCCGUCAAAGUGGUGCUUCUUCCCUUUAAAUUAGGGGUGGGCAAGGUACGGCUGUAAAAUGCUCUUGAUAAAUCAGAAUAGUGGAGCACUUCAGUCAUAUGCUACUGAGUCUAUGUAGUCAAACUACUCCGUUUAUUACACAGAUCCCCCCCCCCCCACACACACACACACGCACACUUAAAAAUGGUUUAACGCUGUCAGCACACUCGGAAAAAGCGAGUCAGCGGUUGGCACGUGGGCGGCAGGUUGUCACUGUAAGCUGAUCACAAACUGCCACGUUUCAAUUGAGUACGCAAUAAUGAAACAAGCUGACAUGCAGGACGAUGUUCUGUAUUUCUGGUUUUAUUUUUUAAACAUACUUGAAGGGGUGGGGGGGGUGUUAAGUAGGUGUGGUGCAAGUAUUAGAUGUUAAUAAUAAUGGAAGCACCAUUGAUAUCAGUGCUCCCCAUGAAGAUCGGUUAUAAAUACUUGUUUGUGGUGCAUUUGCUGUGCUGGCUUUAACAGGGUUUUUAUUCUGGAGUUUAUAUAGUUCGACACGCUGCACUGGAUUUCCUCUAGUUAGCACAAUUCAUAAACAUUAACUGCUGGGAAUACAGUUCCGUCUUUGUCGUUUGAUGUACGGGAAACAAUAUAAAUGUAUAUGAUUGAGUUUUUUUUUUUUUUCUUUUCUCAAACUAAGAUGUGUCCCUGAAUGCACCUCGUUAACCAGCAAUGCAUUUGGAUUCAGGGUCACAGAGUCCCAAUCUUUCCAUUUUUGUGUAUUAAGUGUAUUUCACACUGACACAAGGUGUCCAAUUUCCCACCGAGUGGUUUAUUUCUACUCUUGUAUUCCUGAAUGGCUUCAUUCCAUCAUCCUGUAGUCUUUAAUUGUUUAGUUUAGUUUAGUUUAUUGUUUAGCACAUAUUAUUAUAUCAAUAACUGUGCAAGGAGGGAGACGAAGCCUAGGGCUUGUAAAGAGCUCCACUCCUUCUAUCAUGCUGUAAAGUUAAAUAGCGUAGAUUGUAUUGUUGAUUUUGUUCAUCUCCCCCGAGGGCGACUUUAGCAGAUUAAUCAGCACGCAACCGAUACGGAUUGCUGUUAGGAAUGUAGCCAAAGAUGGAGUUUAAAAGGUAAAGAAAUGUUUUUUCCACAAGCUUUAUUUUAAGUGGUUUUGCACCAUGUCACUAUGCAUAAAAAAUGGCUAAUAUAAGGCGCUACGUGAUGUCUCGUGUGCGGGUUUUUAAAAUAAUUUCUACAAGUCACGGCACAGUCAAGCACAUCGGAAUGACACGACAAUCCGUGCAUCUUCCACUCCAUGAAUGUUAUCAGUCAUGAAAUGCUGUCAUUGGUUGGGUGUACUCCCUUAUUUUCUUUGUAUUGUGUUGACAUAUAUACAGGAUAUAUUUCUUGACGUGUAUUUUACUCAAUGCUACAAUAAAAUGUUAUUUGAA